CGACCAUCACCACAACAUGUCCUCCGUCGAGCCCAGCCCUCGCAAGCGUCAGCGUCUUGAGUAUACGCGAGUAGAGACAGAUCCCUCUACCUGCCCCCCACAACAACACGAGAAGCACUGGUAUGAUGACGGGUCUGUUGUCCUCCACGUCGAGGACACCCUCUUUCGCGUGCAUCGCUCGAUACUAGCUAAGCACUCUGAGAUAUUCAGAGACGCCUUUGCCCUACCAGCACCUGUCGAAGCAGAGGAGCAUGACGGAUUCCCCCUUGUCCGGCUGCGAGGCGAUCGCAUCCAAGGUUGGAACGAACUUCUCGACGCGCUGUAUGACUCCUUCACAUACUUCGACACCCUCAACAGCCUCGACCUCGACGCGAAGCUCACCGCGGCGAUGAGCCUGCUCCGCGUCUCUACCAAGUAUCGCAUCGACUACUGCCGGGCGAAAUGCCUGGCCAUUUUAUCCCAGCACUUCGUGUCUUCGCCUACCUAUGAGCCUGCGGCGCAGCUCCCGAGCUUUGGCCAGGCGUGCGAUAUGGUCAAAAUGGCACGAGAGACGAAUGCGAUGUCACUUCUGCCGUGCGCCUUGCUGAUGGUGGCAUGCGCCGAGGAUCACUCGGCAAUAUACUCAACAGACCUCCCCCUCUUCGACAAGAUUUCCGUCUACCACGCGCGGCUCGAACUUAUUCGUUUACAAAGGGAAUGCAUGUUUCCUUUCGUUCAAAACAUUUGGAGGCCCAACCGGACGUGCGAACGAAACUACUCGGGCACUGUCUGCGCGGCGCUUCUCCAGGAUGAGUCUAGUAGAUACGCGGCGGCGCCAGAGGCCAUGUACUUCUUCGUCGACGACGCUUCGUUCUGGCCCACCGACAAGACGCGGGCAAAGCCACCUUGCAAAUCAUGCAGGGCCAUCGUGCUCAGGGAACUCGCACAAGGCCGCCAGAAAAUCUGGGAACAACUUCCCGAACUCUUUCACCUCGGCAAGAAUUGGGACGAGCUGCGUCAGAUGCAGGACGCGGAAAGUGGCUGCUAGAUAUACUCUGUUGUUGUAUUUUUUUGCUAUUUGCUUUUCUUUUUGCUCCCUUUUUGUCUUAAAUGCAUCGUUUCCAUGCCGCC